AUGCAACCCCCGUCUCUGCUGGGAGAGCUGAAGGGACGGGCGGCUGCAGACGCCCCUCGGGUAGCCCCGGGAUCCCGCGGGGGAAGGCCGAGGAGGCUCCGGUUCGGUCGGCAUCCCCACGUGAGGCAGGGUUUGGAGCCGGCCUUGGAUCCCGCGGCAGUCUGGAGCGCUUCUGGCAGGGCCAUACGAAGACGCUCAGCCUGUGGAGCAGGGAACUCUGCUCCGGGGAAGCCGCGCAUCUCCGCCCGGGCCUCCCAAGGCCGGAAGGGCCCCGCAGGUCUCUCAGUCCAGUCCCCGCGCGGGGCAGGAACGCUCCGUCCGCCUGUCCAGCCUCGGAUUCAGGACGCCCGCCGGGGGCCCCGCAGUCCCAGGCAGCACCACCUGCCGCGGCUUAAGAACGAGGAGGGAGGCUCGACAGCCCGUCCGCUCCUCAGGCGGCCCGGGAUCAGAAUCGACCUAGUCGAUCUGCGCACGUUGCGGAAGAAGCGCUCUCUCGACCGCCGCCCGAGGCCCCCCGAGGCGGAGGGGGCGGGGCCAGGGGGCGGGAGCGGGGAGCCGCGGGCGCGUUGCUGCUGCGCUUCCCGGAGCGAGGCCGGGAGAAGCGCGACCCCGCCUGCCCGGGAGGCCCCCUUUCCCGGGAAAGCCGGGCAGGGAGCCUGGAGGGUCCGCUCGUCCGCAGCGGCGCGGCUCGGCGUCCCGGUGAGAUUUCGGGAGAGGCUGCUCGCCAAAGGCGGCCGGGAAGGAGAGGCGCCCAGCAGACGCCGCCGGGGAGGCUCGGCUCGGCCCGGCCCGGCCCGCGAGAUGGCCUCGCCGCGGCCCGGAGCGGGGGGAGCCGCAGGACGAGCCCCCGCCGCCGCCGCCGCGCCCGCGGAGGGAGCGGCGCUCUGGCCGGCAGCCGGGCGGGGGGGCCUCCCCGAGGAGCCCCUGGGCGGGGGGGCGCAGCGCUUCCGCCGGCUCCGCUACCGGGAGUGCCAGGGGCCGCGGGGCGUCUGCAGCCGCCUGCAGCAGCUGUGCCGGGAGUGGCUGAAGCCCGAGCGGCGCAGCAAGGCCCAGGUGGUGGACCUGGUGAUCCUGGAGCAGUUCCUGGCCGUGCUGCCGGCGGAGAUGGCGAGCUGGGUGCGGGAGUGCGGCGCGGAGAGCUGUUCGCAGGCGGUGGCCCUGGCCGAGGGCUUUCUGUUGAGCCAGGCGGAGGCGGAGCGAGGGCAGCGGAUGCAGGAGCCGCUGAGGAAGGAGGUUGUGGUGCCUCCUGAAGGCAGGGAAGCUCUCCCUGGUCCCUCUUUGGAGCAGCUGUGGGGAAGGAUCUCUGAGGAGGAUCCAACUCCUCUUUGUGAUGGAGCAGCAACAGCUCAGGGCUCGGUGUCCUUUGAGGAGGUGGCUGUGUAUUUCACGGAGGAGGAGUGGGCGCUGCUGGAUCCCAGCCAGAGAGCCUUACACGGGGAAGUCAUGCUGGAGAAUUCUAGGAAUGUGGCCACUCUGGCUUAUGGACAGGAGCGUGACAAUUACAAGGAGCCCAGCGUAGUGCUAUUCCAAAUGAGCAAGUCUGAAGAACAAAGGAGUAAGAAAAGCUGCACAAUGAAUGGAACGAAGAAAUCUUCGCCUGGAUACAGUGAAAUCUUUGACGUCCCAACCCAGCAAGUUCACCAACAAGAAGAAAAGGGAAGAUAUCUUGGAUAUAGCAAAAGAGACAGGGAGAAAUCUGAUUUCACCAAACACCGUACAACCCAGACCGAAGAGGAACAAUAUGAAUAUCAAGAGUACGGGCAAAGUAUCACUCCUACCUCCUAUCUUGCUUUACAUCACCACUCCUACAUCAAAGAGAAACCUUAUACAUUUAUAAAUUGUGGGGAAAACCUCACUUUGAGCAGUAUUUCCCAUGAACAGGAGAGACUGUAUGAGUGUGGAAAGGGAUUAAGUAAGAAACAGUUACUUAUUUUGCCCUCAAAAAAUCCACCAAGGGAGAAACACUAUAAAUGUCUGCAGUGUGGAAAGACAUUCACUAAGAGAUAUAAACUAAUCAUACAUGAAAGGAUCCAUACAGGGGAGAAGCCAUAUAUAUGUCUGGUGUGUGGAAGAAGAUUCAGUCAGAGUGGUCACCUUACAAGACAUCAACAAUCCCACACGGGGGAGAAACCAUAUACGUGUCCGAUGUGUGGAAAGAAGUUCACUGGAAGACCAAGCCUUGUGAUGCAUGUAAGAAUCCACACAGGAGAGAAACCACAUAAAUGUAUGGAGUGUGGAAAGAGCUUCCGUAAGGACAGUAAUUUUAUUUCCCAUAAAAGGAUCCACACAGGAGAAAAACCAUACAAAUGCCUGGAAUGCGGAAAGAGCUUCACUCAGAAUACCCUUACGAGACAUCAAAGAACCCACACUGGGGAGAAACCAUAUACAUGCUCAAUGUGUGGAAGGAAGUUCAGUGGAAGAUCGAAUCUUAAAACCCAUGUAAGAAUCCACACAGGGGAGAAACCGCAUAAGUGUAUGGAGUGUGGGAAGGGCUUCCGUAAGCACAGUGACUUUAUUCGCCAUAAAAGGAUCCACACAGGAGAAAAACCAUACAAAUGCCUGGAGUGUGGAAAGAGCUUCACUCAGAAUGCUAACCUUGUCAAGCAUAGAAGAAUUCACACGGGAGAGAAACCAUACAAUUGCACAGAGUGUGGGAAAAACUUCGGCCAGAAAAAUCACCUUAUGAAACAUAAAAGGAUCCACACAAGAGAGAAAACAUAACUUGGGAGCUUUCAUCACAAGUGUUUUCUUCUCAAAAAGGGACCCAUGUGGGAAAAACAAUAGAAAUAUGUGGACUGUGGAGUAACGUUCAGUUGGAAGAGUAGUCUUAUCAGACCUAAAGGGAUCCGUACGGGAGAACCAUAAAAACAUCUCAAGUAUGGAAAUGGAUUCAAAAGGGGAACUGCCCUUAUUUCCCCCAAGAGCUCUUGUUUUGGGAGGAAUGCCUGGAUUCCAGAAAAAAAUUCAGGACAAGCACUGGAACAGAAUUGGUAAAGUAAAUGUGUUGAAUGGAAUAUCUGAAGGAGGAGAAAAGAUGGAAAGAGCCCAAAGAGGAAUGCUGUUAAAUAGCAUGGAGUUGCAAUGAUGGUGUCAGGAAUGUUCAGGCUGAAAAUGAGCUAAGUUUCGCAAGGGAUAAUAUUCAGAAAAAGGACUAAUAAAAGAAAACAACCCAUCAGAAUACCCAGUGCUCUGUGGAUUUGGCCAAAAGAAGGAAAAACAGGACUACAUUUUUAUUUUUCCUCAGUCUUCUUUCACCAAGGAAGUAUGAGUCCCUCCCUACAUUCUGAGACCCAACCUCAAGUAUUUCCCCAACUUAAGACUUCCAGUGAGGAUUUAGUCAUCUUCAGAGGAGUGGAAUGGCACCACAGCGUAGAUUGGAGCCCAGAAGCUAGCUCUGGACACCAAACUUCCUCUGGAUAAAGGAGGGAGCGUGAAAUAACCCAUUUGAUCUCUGGACAACCGCUCCCUGUAAGUUACCUGCAAAAACGGAAGCAUUUGCAGUUGGCUUGCAAGUUGAGUGGCUGGGAGGCGUAGGAUUCUAUCUACGUUCAUGGCUGUGGUGCAGCCAAUAUGGACAGAGGAACCGGCCAAUCCUCAUUUUUUAAUCAUAUUUGGAUAUAAUAAUUCUUCAGCCUAACAGAUAUAUUCUUUUACAACAGAUAAGUAUUUCUCUUGGUGAUUUUCAUUUUUGGGGGGGAUUUUGGUGGGGAAUUGA